AUGACCAUAACCAAAAACGCAGUAGUGGUCGGCGGUUCCCUAGCCGGACUAAUGCAUGGUAUCAUGCUCCGCGACAACGGGUAUAGCGUGACGAUACUCGAACAAGAACCCUCAACACAUCGGCAAGGCCUUGACGCUGGAAUACGCGUGGGCCCUGACUUCAUCCAAUUCAUGAAACAGUACGAUCGGGUAAAGCGGGAAUACGGGAUCAUGGCAACGCAUGCGCAUGUUCUCGACAAGAACGAAACUAUCAAGUUUAAAGUGCCGUGGAACGCGGCUCUGACAUCUUGGGGCUUGGUCUGGAGUAUUCUCCGUGCGAAUUUUGACGGGCAAUCAUCUGAAGCUGUGCCGAAUCCACCACCGUUGCCUAAAGAUGCACCAGAGGCAAGGUAUCGGAGUGGAGCGCGGGUGACAGAUGUCCAAGAAUUGAACGAGGUGAUCCGCAUACAGUUCGAGGAUAUCCUCAAUGGAGAAACGCAGGUUGUUGAAGCCGACAUUGUUAUUGCUGCUGAUGGAUCCAUGUCAUCUGUCCGCAAGAUAGUUUGCCCUAGUAUCAGCUGUGAGUACGCUGGAUAUGUGACAUGGCGAGGCACAGUUCCAGAGUACUACGUGGACAAAGAGGCGCAUGGUAUACUUGGAAAGAAUCUCACAAUACAUCGUAUGCACUGUAGUCAUUUCGUUAUCUACGUUAUCCCCACGGACGAAGGUCAGAUUACACCCGGAAAGCGCCUCAUCAACUGGGUCUGGUACCACGAGCUCCCCGCAGGCUCAGCAGAUCUUAAAGAAACGAUGACCGAUAUCCACGGCAAAGUGCAUCAAGGCACCGUCCCGCGCGAGCUCAUCCGGCCUGAGGUAUGGGCCAAGCAGAAAGCCCUCGGUAUAUCGAAGACGCCCGCUUGCAUCGCGCAGCUCCUCGAGCGCACAAAGUCGCCCUUCGUGACCAAAAUCUACGAGAACACAUCACCCCGGGCGGUCUUCAUGCACGGAAAACUUGUCCUUGUCGGCGAUGCGCUGGUCAAGACUCGGCCACACAGCGCGUUGAGCACGAAUCAAGCGGCAUAUGAUUGUCUGGCACUGGAAAGCGUGCUCAAGGGACGCGCGUCGAUGAAUCAGUGGGAGAGCAAGGUGCUUGGUUAUGGUCAUAGACUAUUCCUGUGGAGUCGUAUAUUGGGGAACUUUCAGCAGGGGUAUAAGUUGGCUCUGCUGUGGAGUAUCUGGAAAUAUGUCGUGGGGUUCGUCGGAUUGAAGCUCGGGCUCCUGCCUUGGAGGUCGAAGAUGGAAUGA